AUGUCAUCAAUAGCCCUUGUCCUCGGCGCAGGAGCCAAUAUCGGCCAAGCCGUAGGCCGCAAAUUCGCUGCUAACGGUUACAAAGUAGCCCUCGCAAGUCGUACUUCGUCCGACACUGCAAGCCGAGAUGAGAAAGACGGACUGUUCCACUUUCGCGUAGACUUGACCAACCCCGCGAAUGUGCAGACUCUGUUUGAGCAGGUUCAGGCUUCGCUGGGAGUUCCAAAUGUAGUCGUUUACAAUGCCGGCUAUUUAGUCCGCGGAGAAAACCCCUUCUCAAUCACACCGGAAGCCUACCAAGAAGUCCUCAACGUAAACACCACCAGCGUCUUUGCCGCUGCCCACGAGGCAGUCCACGGUUUCGAGAAAUUGCCUACCUCAUUGCCGAAAUCGUUCAUAUUCACAGGUAAUGCGUUGGAUGAAAUCGUCAUCAAUGGAAUGGCGCCUGCAGGUGCUGGAAAGUCUGCAACUGCGCAUCUGAUAAAAGCCGCCGCGGCGUCGGAGACGUACAGGCAGGCAGGGUACACGUUUUAUUACGUGGAUGAACGAACGAGUGGAGGCCAACCUGUCGGUAACAAGGUUGAUGGAGCGGCGCAUGCUGAUCUCUAUUUUGAGUUGGCGAGUGAUGAGAACCAGAGGGAGUGGAAGCAGACGUUUGUCAAGGGGAAGGGAUAUGUCAAGUUUUGA